CGCCCGCUCCGCCAUGGGUCCGAAGCGGGCGAGGACCGGCGGGGACGCCUCGGCGGUGGCCGCAGGCAGCAGCUGGGAGGCUGCGCUGGUGGCCGCCCCCUUCGAGGAGGAUGACUGGAAGCCUAGCAUCGCUUUUGUUGUUGGAACCAAAAUUGAGGAUGAAAUCCACACCAAGGCCCUGUCUCUAGCUGUGCAGGUGCCACAGCGGAAGCUCUUCAGCGUGGUAACACGUGAAGACAUUUUCAGACAGAUCAAAGAAUCUGGGAAUCAAAAGGGAAAGAAGGUUAAGGAUGUACCUAUGUAUUAUGAGGUGACAGAGUUAGCCAAAGCCUUUCUGGAUAGUGGUGAAGAAAUUCCUAUAACACUAACUGGGAAGCUGUUGAAAUUUCAACUGCUUUGUCUCAAACAGAAGGACCUUCAGAGAAGAGAAGCUGAAAAGAAGGCUGAAGAAGAGCAACAAAAGGGGAAAGAUGGAGCGAAAGCUAAAUCUUCCAGCAAGACAGCUGAGAAAGAAAGGAAAGGAAAAAAGACUGAAGUAGGAUCUCUAGCACCAGGCAGUGUUAAAAAGGACACCCAAUUGAAGCGACGACAAGAAGUGGAAGAGAAAGACAAAUACAUUGAUGAUGAACCAGAUGAUGGUGCCCAUCAUUACUUUAUAAUUUUGAAUUUCCACAACCUUCAGCUGUUGCCUGUGAUGUCUGAGCUUGGGAUUAACAUUUCAAGUAUAAUUAGAAUUUCUUCUGAGAAUUACAAGCCGUUGCAGAUGUACUUGGAAGCAAUUAAUCUUCAGGAACAAUCUUUGCUUUCACCUAAAGUUGUAGAAGCAGAGAAAAUAAAGAGAGGUGAAGCUAUCAAAGACCUGGAAACAUUUUGGAAAUACCUGGAGCCCGUUCUGAAUAGUGGCAAGCCUGGAUCAAGUCUCUUUGAUGUUGCCAGACUUCAUCACGUAGUUAAGGAGAGUGCCUUUCCCCCUGAUUGGUCUGACAGAGAAAUGCUGCUUGCAUUUGGCACUGUGCUAUUUGAAAGCAUUGCUUGUUUAAUGUAUGACUGCCUGGACUGGAGAAGACAGCAUUGUAACUACUUGGAAAACACCAAGUUUAUUAACGUGCCUGUACUAUCACGGAGCGAAUCGACACAACUACCUAUACCUGAGGCAAGUGUACAACCAGAAUCACGGGCUACACCUUCAAAGAAAAAAGGGGAAGCAGAAGAAAUUCUGCCAAUAGUAAUUUUGUCACAGGAGGAAGAAGCUUCUAUUUUGACUCCUUCUGUGGACAUGAGGUAUUACAAUGACUUGCUGAGUCAGAUUCCUGAGGAAUACUGUUCUGUACCUUUAAUACUGAACUGCAUACUGGAACAGGUCAUUGCAAGUGAAGAAGAUCUUACACCACCUAGUCUGGUGGUGCCAGAGCCCCGGGCAGAUGGGCUACAUCAUGCCAUUGCAGGUCAUAUAGCCUCUGUCCUUCCUUCUCUUUCAGUUUCCCAGAGUGAGAAAAAGCAUCUAUAUGAAUACUUUUCUCCUCAAUACAGUGAAAAAAAGACUGUCACCUCCAAAUACCCUCUCUUGUUUAACCACCAUGAUAUCCAGGCACAGAGGUUGCACCUGCUGAAGGCGCAGAGGAACUUAAAUCCAGAAAAGAUUGAACGUGAAAUGAUGGAUAAACUGCCUCUUACCAAACUUAUCCAUUUCCCCUUACCUUCAACAGAAGACAACACUAAACGCUUGGCCAGAGUACAUGAGCUCAUGCAUUAUUGUACCAGUGAACUUCUGAGUUGGGCUGAAGUAGAAAGAGCCUUCAGAGUGUUUACUUUUGAAAGCCUGAGGCUGACUGGGCUGAGUGACUCUGGUCUCCUGGAGAGCUCUGGAUCCAUGGUUGAAGGUGAUUCUGAAGUGUCUUAUAUCCCUUGGGAUAAUCCAGCCCAGUUUGCAAGACAGCUGAGACAACUGUUCCUUAUGGAAAAGAAGCUUAGUGGGAAAUCUCCUACAGGCUCUGGACAUACAGAACAAAAUGGCAAAGAUGAACAAGAUGGAUUGGCUGAUACUGUUUUGAACAAAGAAUUGGAUCUUAUUUUUUCUGAUAUGGUGAGUCCGGAAAAUUAUGGCCUAGGACCAAAUUUGGAAGAAAUAAAAAAGACACAGAGACGUUGUUUGACAGACUGGAAUUUUGAUGAGCAUUUUCAACCUCAUAUUCUUCUUCAGGUUCUUCAUACUGCAUCCCAAGAAUAUAGAUGUAUUGAUUACUUUUAUCAUACUCAAGAUAAUGCUUUGCUAAUGGUUCUUCACAAUCCUAUGAAUCAGCAUCGUUUGUGCCAAGAGACUUGGGAUAUUGCAUUGCACUCUAAUGUUGGAUUCAGGAACUAUCUUGAGCUGGUGGCUAAUUCAAUUAAAGACUGGGUGAAAGAGGAAGAAGACAAAUACCAAGAAGAGAAGAUGGCUAAGGAAAUAGAGUCUCUUAAACUGCAAAAAGCCAAAGCAGAAGGAUCUUUUAAAUUCUCUGCAUGUACUGGCUUUCCCGGUAAAGCCGAAAGUAAUAUAUCAGGACCUGACAGCAUAAUGAAGACUAUUUCAGAAUCUCAAUCGAACAAUGAAAAAAUUCCUUUUAUCAGAGAAGGUUCUCUAAAGGCUUGGAAGCAGGAGCAGAACCAAUUACGAGAGGAAGAACAACUUAAGGAAUUAAAAAAAAGAAAAAAAGAAAAAUUGGGAGGCAAAAAGAAAGAACGGGAGAUAAUAAUACAUGAAGAAGGAAAAGGUUCCAAUGAGAAUUCUUCCACAGAGAAGUUUAAAGAUGAGCCAGCAAAAGUCCCUGAACUUGAGGAGCAUCCUAGCAUCCCAGAACCACAUUCUGAGAAAGUUUACAAGUUUCUUGGCUACAAUACAGGGGAGGAUCUCAUUCAAGUAUCAGGAAGCAAUCAAUAUCUUUUCCCAUCUGAUGGAGGACAGAUUCAAGUAGAAAAGAUAGAGUUUGUAAAAGGCCUUACUUUGGUAAAGACGAAAGUAGUAAAAGACAACCACAACUUCUUCAUUCAUAUCAUAGACCCCAAGAAAAACUUAAAGGAAGUUGAAGUGCAAGAAACUGAAGAACAGAAAACUAGAUCAGGAAAAUUGAAAAAUCAAAAGAAAGCUGUGAGCAAGUUUGGAUCUUUUUCAGCCACCUUGGAAAAUGGAAUCCAGCUGUCCCUGAGUUACUAUGGACCUACAGGGAAGACAGCAGAUGAUGAAACAGACACUGUCUUAGAAAGAAUUCUGAACAUCCCUUCUGUUCAUACUCCAACAAUAAUUUCUCCUGCUACAUCAGCUUCAGGAAAAAAAGAUAAGUCUGUCAAACAAAAGUCAGGAAAAUCUGCAUCACCUGCAAAAGCAAGUCAUAGCAAAACAGGCCUUCCAUCACCUGAUGGCUUGGUAAAGCAAGAAGGAAAGAUGGAAAUAGAAGAAUCAGCUUUCCAGACACAAGCGAUGUCAAAUGGUCUUGCUUUCCCAAGUUUGAAUGUCUCCUGUCCCAAUGGACUAGUAUUAACUUUCCUUCGUGAAAGUUUUGGAGAUUUGAAAGGUGAAGCCACUACAGCUGAAGCUGAGAAAGAGGUAGUAGAGAAAAGUAAGGCCAAAGCAGAUGAAGCCGAGGAAGAGGAGGUUGAAAAAGGUGAGACCAAAGCAAAUGAAGCCGAGGAAGAGGAGGUUGAAAAAGGUGAGACCAAAGCAAAUGAAGCAAAGGAGAAUGAAGUUAUGGAAAGUGAAGGAAAAGAACAUGAGGUUACAGAAGGUGAAAUAAAGCAUGAAGACACUGAAAACAAACAGGCCAGGCAGCGUACAGUGGAAAUUCUGGUUAGGCAGAGUUACCCCCAAAGGGUAAAGAACUCUCAUCUAUAUACAUCUGUGGCAAGGCAAACAGAACAAGAGGUGUCAAGAGUCAUUACCAGUCAAGGAACUGUUAUAAAGUACAUGAUGGAUGGAUCUACCCAGGUUCUGUUUGCUGAUGGCACGGUGAGUAGGAGUCCUGGUUCUGGCCCUGUCCUACCACCACAUACAGUUCCAUGCAGAAUGGAACCAUUAGUAGAAUUGGAGCCUUCGCAUGAGACCAGCACUAAGAGAGGAAAGGGCAAUAGCAGAAACAGUCUGUUGCAGCCAAGCAAGGACAAGUUGUUUGAAAUUACUGCUCCGGGUCUGGUUAAUUCUGAGCAACCUGAGGAGAACCAGGCAGGAACCUGGAUAACAACAACUCCAUCAGGAAUUCGAGUGGGCACUGAGGGAGCAAACAGAAUAGAUCUGAAGCCACUCUUAAUCUAUCGGGCCACUGACCCAGCUGAUGGAACGGUUAUGACUGUACGAGAUGAUGAAGUAAUAAUUGUUGAGAAACUGGAUGGAAGCAGAGUAGUAGAUCAUGCUGAUGGUACUAGGAUCACAACUUUUUAUCAAAAAGAUGAACCCUCAGAAGCCUUCACAAGGAAAGUGAAAUUUGUGCGAGUAGAGAAUGCUGAGUUUGCUACUGUUACAGCGAAUUGCGAUGACAGUACCUGUUGUACCAUCUUUGCAGAUGGGACAUCUAUUAUAGCCAAGGCACAGGGAACAUAUCAGGUUUUACCCAUCAAGUCAGGCUCUCUUUUCAUUGAUGAAGAUUGCUCAGCAGUUUAUACCUGUGAAGUUCACAAUUUCAUCAGCAAGAAAGAAGAGAAACAAGCGGGAGUAUACAUUAUGAAACACACUUCCAGAACUGUUUGUGAGACGGUGGAUCCUAAAGGAAAUCUUUUCAAGGUCAUGGCUGAUGGCAGCACAUCUGUGUGUGUUUCUAACACUGGCUUUGAUGACAAGGAAGACAGAAGUUCAGCAUCAGCAAUCCCAGAAGUUAACAAACCUAUCACUUAUGAUGAACAUGUCCCCAGGUUCUUCAUUAUCCACGCGGAUGGUUCUGGAAUUGAGCUCCUGCGGAGCAGGGAUGUACUCAAGUAUCUUGGUGAAGCCUGUAGUGAUCCUGCUGCUGCUGUCUUGCAGGAUCCCGUACAAGAAUAUCCAGGCGUUUUAAGUAUUUCUGUCCUCCGCCCUUUGGCUGAAGCCUCCCCCUGGGUAACGAAGGAAAAACCAAAGAGUAUUGUUCCUCCAAAUCUUCAGUCAAGCACUUGGGACACAUUUUCUCCUCCUGAGAGGAAGAUCACAGGUCCCUCAGUCAGAACACAUGUUUGGAGGGGUCUUAGCAUUGGAUCCAGAGAGCAGAUGUGCUUGCCAGUAGCUGUGCAAAAAUGUCCCAAUAAACUGCAAAUCCGUCAGCUGUUCCAGUACAAGCCACUCAGUGAUGAACUCAGAGAAAAGCUGCAGCUUUCCCUUAAGGAAUAUAUAGACAACAUUUUAAAGUGGGAAAAUGAGCUGGAAGAGAUGAAUGUAAAAGAACCAAGAACAGAAGAGGAAAAGGAGAAUGCUGCAAGUCUCUUCAAAAUGUUUACAACCUUCCCUUACUGGGAGAAGUCAACUGAAAAUCUCAGUGAUGGAGCUCACAUAACUGAGCUGUAUGAACAGGCAAUGGCUUCUCAUCACCAGUGUCAAACAGAGAAAACAAUCACUAAGCAAAGAGAGGACCAACAGCAGAGGUUCAGCCCAAAGGGAGUAACACCAGUAUCCAAGUGGCAUAGCAGACUAGAAGAGCACAGGAAAGAACUUGAUGCUGGAAAGAAGUACUUCACAGCAAUAAGAAAAAAAAUAAUUCCUCCAUAUUUUGAAUCUGAAUUUGGCAAGGAGUUUUUCCUAAAAGAGUUUCCUGAUUUGGAAGCACUGUCUACGGAACUUCGUCCAGUUCAGAAAAAAAAAAGUGGGCAUUUCCCUCUAGAGAUGGAAAAAAAACCCAGUAGAGGAUCUGAGUGUCUUAGUACAAGUGAUUCCUUACCUUCACCUGACCCUCUGCUGCAGGCACAUUUGAAACAAAGUGAAGGUUCCAGCAGCACAACAGACCUAAACAAGGCUGCAAGAUCAGAAGAGACAUCCUUUCAACGUAAAGUUCAGAGUCUGCUGGUGAAUGCUGCAGGACAGCCAAGAAAAGAGAAAGUGAAAUUACCAUCAUCCCUGCGGGGGAGAAAACCAAAUUCCAUACCAAAUAAAAAGAUAGAAGAUCCUGUCGCAGGAAGGGUCAAAACAUCUUCUCUUGCAACACCAAGACAGCAUCUUAGCGGCUUCCAUCUUAUUCCACCCAGAGUGACUUUUGGAGUACUAAAGGAAGGCUGCACCUAUGUGACCACUGUGACCCUGAAGAAUGUUGGUGUGAACUUCUCAAGGUUUCGGGUGAAGCAACCACCGCUGCACACAGGGCUGAGAGUGAUGUACACACCAGGACCUGUGGCAGCAGGCUUGCAGGUUGAACUGGAGAUAGAGAUUUUUGCCAUGGUAACUAGAGGAGAAGACAAUGGUGGCCUUGAAGAAAUUUCCCAUGAUAUUGAAAUAUUGACAGAAACAGAGACUCUUCUCCUGCCUGUGAGAGCAACUGUGUUAAUCAAUGACAUUUAUGAGUGCCGCCCACAAGGAUACCCCCAGGGGGGAGUAGCAGCAACGGUCCAAGCAGUUCCUGCAAGCCCCAAGCCACGGUUCCGGAUUACCCUACCCCGAAAGCUUUCUAGUUAAUGUGAGUAC